UCAUCUGAGCAGAACAGCGUUGGCAUAAAAAUGCAUGGAAACAAUCAGACUCCAGCAAAUCUUUGCAGAAUGCAGCAUUUGCUAAAUUCCUGAAUGAGCUUUAGUGUGCUGUAGAGAUUAGAACAAAGGGAGAAUUAGCAGGGCUCCCUCUUUGUUUACCUCCCACUGAGCCCGUCUCAUGAUUCGUGCGUGACCAGGCUUUAGCCGACCUCUGCGCACGCAGGCUUUGUCGUGGCGCCCCCGGUGGGCGUCCGGCGGGCCACAGAGCCUCUCUUCUUCACCGUCCGGCGCGCGCUCGCACCAGCACGUCCCAUCCAUUGGGAAAAACACAUGUUGCGAAAUGAGCCGAGCGUACCCGAAGUGACUCUGGACUGAGGAGGAAAGAUUACGCACGGUGAUGCUCACACAUGACGAAUCGGCACGCGCGGAGGCGCAUGUAUUCUGAAGGGAUGAAAUCAUGGUUAAUGGUGUGGCUGCAGAACUGCCCCAAAAGAUGGAUGUGCGGGGAGGUAUUAACGCCUCAACAGUUCUAAAUAGCAGCUGAUAAAGGCGGUGAUCACAUAUUUCAGAGAAGGUAGAGCCGCUCAAGCUUGUUUGAUUGGAUGCGCACGAGCGCCAAAUCUUCUCCACAUAACGGUAGAUAUUUGUUUCCCCUUUCCACUCAGUUUUUACGCGCUUUAACAAUAACACUAUUAUUAUAACUGGAGGGAAAUAUUUGCUUCUUGUUUAAAUAGAUUCAAUUUUGCCUCUCUUAAUUUGGCGUCUUAGAUUAACUUUUCAAAAUAAAAGACAAACUUUUAUUUCCCAAAUUUUUUAAUACAUAAUAUAUGGACAUUUAUGCUUUUUUUCUUUUUCUUUUUUUAAUUUGAAGUUUUUCUUUAGUCAUAGUAAGAGGGCUGAUGCGGAAGUAGGGAGGAGUUUCACGUUAGUUUGGGCUCGGCUUUGACUGGAUGCUUUCGUCAGUGCUGAAAAGAGCCUCAGCUGUGUGUGUGCAUCAGACACACUGACAUCUCAGUCAUUUAGGUUUUGUUUGUUUGGAGGCGUGUUUCUGAAUCUGAGGAGUUUAUCUACCACAGAGAUCAAGAUGCAGCAAUUGGAGGACGACAAGCCCAAGAAGAAGGUGACUCCUUACCUGCUGUACUGUGUUUCUACAGCCGUCAUUGGCUCGCUGCAGUUUGGCUACAACACAGGGGUCAUCAACGCACCUGAGCAGAAACUGCGACUGUUUUUUCAAAAUGUGUCUAUGGAUCGGUACGGAGAGCCUUUCAGCCAGGGAGCAAACACUAUGGUGUGGAGCUUUGCUGUUGCCAUCUUCAGUGUGGGAGGCAUGAUAGGGUCCUUCUCUGUUGGAACCGUUGUGAACAUGUUCGGCAGACAAAAGUCCAUGCUGAUCACCAACAUUCUGGCCCUGGUGGGCGGCGGCCUAAUGGGCCUGUCCUCCCUCAGUCGGUCCUAUGAGAUGGUCAUCAUCGGCCGCUUCUUCAUCGGCGUGUUCUGCGGUCUGUGCACGGGCCUGACACCCAUGUACGUGGGCGAAAUCUCCCCCACCGCUGUGCGAGGAGCGUUCGGGACUUUGCACCAACUUGGCGUGGUCAUUGGCAUCCUGGUGGCACAGAUCUUUGGUCUGGAGUUUCUGCUGGGCUCAGAUGAUCUGUGGCCCGUCCUGCUGGCUCUGACCAUCCUGCCAGCUGUACUGCAGAGCAUCAUGCUGCCCUUCUGUUCUGAAAGCCCUCGCUACCUUCUGAUUGUCCUCAACAAGGAAGAAGAGGCGAGGAAAGCUCUGGUGCGUCUGCGUGGCUGUGAGGAUGUAGACGACGACAUCCAGGAGAUGAAGGAGGAAGGGAUGAAGAUGGCCAUGGAGAAGAAAGUCACCAUCCUUGAACUCUUCCGCUCCCCAAACUAUCGUCAGCCGAUAAUCAUCGCUAUCAUCCUGCAGCUCUCUCAGCAGCUGUCUGGCAUCAACGCCGUGUUCUACUACUCCACAGGUAUAUUUCACACUGCAGGUGUGACUCAGCCGAUCUACGCCACGAUUGGAGCUGGAGUCGUCAAUACGGUGUUUACGGUCGUCUCUCUUUUCCUGGUUGAACGAGCCGGCAGGAGGACGUUGCACCUGAUCGGUCUCGCAGGAAUGGCGAUCAGCGCUCUUAUCAUGACAAUCUCUUUGUCUUUAGUGAAGACGAACCAGUCUCUGAGUUAUCUGGCAAUUGUGGCCGUCUUCGCCUUUGUCGCCAGUUUUGAGAUGGGUCCAGGUCCCAUCCCGUGGUUCAUCGUGGCCGAGCUUUUCUCCCAGGGUCCUCGACCCGCCGCCAUGGCCGUCGCCGGCUGCUCUAACUGGACCGCCAACUUCCUAGUCGGGCUGGGUUUCCCCAAGCUAGAGGAACUUUGUGGUCCUUACGUCUUCCUCAUCUUUAUGGUCCUUCUCAUCCUCUUCUUCGUUUUCACUUACCUGCGAGUUCCUGAGACGAAAGGCAGAACCUUUGACGACAUCGCUCAGGGGUUUUCAGCCAAACCCGCUCACUCCCCGGUCCCUGAUUCUGUGGUCAUCAGCCCUCCAGACAACAAAGAGCCAACACCCCUGUCUCCAACAGAAAAGGUCCCCAUGGUGGAUCUUCCUAUAGAGAAACAAUGAGAGCGUAGAGAAGACAGCAAGAACUUGAAUAACUUUAAGUUAUUUAUCAAAACUUACAUUUUAUUAAUAUGUACAAAUGUAGAAAAACUUCAGUUUUUUAAUGAUACAAUGAAUUACCAUUUUUUCUGACUCAAGACGUCCUUGAUAAUUGACUGAAAUCCCUGUAAUCCAAGCCGAAAUUGACUGUACUAUCAGAGCUUAGUAUCUGAAGACGUCCUUCUUGUUGGCUUUCAGCGUUGUGCCACAUAAGAAGAUCAACAUAUGUUCUCAAAGGUUGCAGGAUUUAGGGCUUUUAUGUAUUAAGGUCAACCUUGAAAAGCGGUUUUUGGAGCCCAGUAGUUUGACCAAAAAGAAAAAAAAAAGACUUAACUAGAAAGUGCUUUACUGCCAUUUUGGAAGAAACAAUGACGCUUCAGGUAGACAGGAAAACAUAGAAGAGAUGCUGAGAAAAAAAUCAGUUUUUUUCCUCAAAAGGAGCCCCACAUUUGUCUGUUUGCUUGUCUUAGCAAAGAAAUUCUGCAGAAAAAUCAAACUGAGGACAUGUCAUCAUGUGAACAAAGUCUCCUUUUAGGUGAAUUUCUAAGAUAUAAUUUAAGAUUUGCUUUUAGAAAAAUGAAUGCAGGCCAGGAGCUUCCUUACACUCAAAGAUUGUUUUUGCUUUUUAGUAUUAAAAAAUCUACCACCAUACUUGAAUUUUUCUAGAUUUUUAACUAAGAUGAUUUAUUGCCAGUAUAAAACUAUUUUUAUUCAAACAAGACUGAUAAAUGAAUGGUCAAUUUUUAUACAAAUAUUUUACAAAACAGGCGAGACUUUUUUAAUAAUAACACUAAAAAAUGUAUUUAUUUGAAAAGUUGGCACAGAAAUGAUCAUUUAAUAUAUUUGUGUUGUUUAUCUUUGUAUUUUGUAGAUUUGCUGCAGCACAUGCUCAUGCUAAGUGCUUUUAAAUGUUUGAGCUGUUGCAGUCUUUGGUUGAGCACAUUUAAUAAGGAAGCACCUUUUUUUUUGUUUAAGUUGAGCUGUUUGCACUUUGACGAGCUGCUUAUCUCACUGCGGUUUUCUGUCGUGUGUUCUUGGCUUUCUUUGCAUGUAAAUACACUAAAGUUGUGCAGCUUUGGUCAUUGCUUUUCACAUUUUUGUAAAAUCGGUGACAUUCUCGUGGUAAUUUCUUGCACCUCAACCAGUUGCUAUAGUGACAGCGACUAUGCAGCUUUGCAGUUCUCUACAAUAUUCACUUUUGUCAAGAUAUAUAUUUUCUCUUGUAUUGUAUUUUUGUGUAAAUAAACACAGGGUGUAAUUCCA